AUGGCCGCGGGUCUGCUAAAGUUGAAGCUUAGCAGCUGGGCGAACAAGUCACGCCGUAGUGGUUUGAAAAGGGAUGGUGAUAUCAUUGACAUCAAUUCCAUUCGAAACUUAUUGAUCCAGAACGGGGAGAAGAUGCCUUUGAAGGGCUUAAAGGGCGAUGCCGCCAAUGGUCUGUGGGAUUGGAUACAAGAAUUCAAAGAUCUCAAGACGUGGCAACUCCUGGACUCGUCCUACAAGGGUCGCCAAGGCACGGGAAUGAUCGAGUCGAGGCUGGGUUGCUGA